UUCAGUAGAUCGACGCCCCAGUUCUUCCAUAUGAAAUGCUACACGCUUCUUCCUCUAAAAAAGUAGUUAUACCCUACAGGAAAAUAAUCAUCUUCACACACUCCCUAUCAGUUUUUUUUUCAUGCCGGGAAGAAACAGGACAAGUGAGAUGGAGAAGUCGGUUCGAGUGGAUGAGCUGCGGCCUUGGUCUGACCUUCCAAUAGAACUGCUGGAGCUUAUUGUGUCCCAUCUCUGCGUCGAAGAUAAUGUCCGCUUGUCCUGUGUUUGUAAGAAAUACCGUUCACUCCGUGUAGUAAACCAAUCUCCUUGGCUUUUGUUCUCCCCAUCGAUAGGUGGCAGGAAAGGUGGGAUAAUCAAGUACUUUGACCCUUCACAGGGCAAGUUCUAUUUUGAAGAAACAGAGCUAAGGAAUGCAUUUAUUCAAUGCAGCAAGGAUGGAUGGGUGCUAUUUUGUGAAUUGGCCACUAGCUUGUUCUUAUUGAAUCCCUUCACCAAGUCAAGAAUCGACCUUCCCUUUGACUGUAGUUUACCAAUAUGGUUUUUUGGGAGUAAAUUUAAAUUUGCUUUAUCUUGUGCGCCCACAUCCCCUGACUCGGUAGUAUUCGCAAUUGGGAAUUAUGAUAUUCACCGUCAAGGGGUUUUUAUCUGCGUGUAUCAUCCAGGGGAUGCAAAGUGGACGAAUGUUAAGUACCAAAAUACUGAUGGUGCCAUAUUUUGUUGUGGGGAUGGUCCAGUUUUCUGUAAUGGGUUAUUCUAUUGUUUGAGUGAAUCUUCUGAUAAUUUGGUAGGGGUAUUUGAUCCACAGAAACAUACUUGGAGUAUCCUUCCUGUGCCUUCACCUAAUCUGAGCAUUGAUCAACAGAGGGCUAAACACCUAGUCGAAUUCAAGGGGAAGCUUUUAUUGGUGUCUGUAUCUUAUCCUGAUAAGCCCUUUAUAUUCAAACUGGAUUUGACCAAUAUGAAAUGGGUUGAAAUGGACAGCUUGAAUGGUGUAACAGUGUUUGUCAGCUCUCUCUCUUCUCUUUCAGUGACUGAUGUCCCAAGUGUAUCAAGGAACAGUGUCUACUUUUCGAAGCAACGUUACCGCGGGAAGUCUAGCUACUUAUAUUCUCUGGAGGACUGUUUGUACCAUCCUGCUAAGCAGUGGCAUGAGGCACGAAAAAUUCCAAAGGCUGCUUGGAUCGAACCACCUAAGAUGAGUCAUCUUUUGUUUGAAGAGAUCCUUUAAUGUUAUGCAUUUCUUUACAAGGGAUUUCUGAAACUUCUAAUUCUGUGUUUUUU